CAUGCUACCUUUAUGUAGUGUAUAUAUAUAUCCACACAGCUCUAAACCCUUCCUCUUCAGUGAUCCUUCUUCUUCACCCAAUACCCACUUCACAUUCCCACCAUUACACUCACAAUUUACACCAACAGAGCAAAAUGGCUACCACAACAACAACUGAUAAAGUCAUAGAAACAGUGAUCGCCGGAAACUAUGUCGAAAUGGAGGCCGACGGCAACCGUUCCAACGCCAAAACCAAGCUCUCCACACUCUUCUGGCAUGGCGGUUCCGUUUACGACGCCUGGUUUAGCUGCGCUUCAAAUCAGGUCGCUCAAGUUCUGCUCACUUUACCCUAUUCAUUUUCCCAACUGGGAAUGCUUUCUGGCGUGCUGUUUCAAAUCUUCUAUGGCUUGCUCGGUAGCUGGACGGCGUAUUUGAUUAGCGCCCUCUAUAUUGAAUACAGAACAAGAAAAGAAAGGGAAAAAACCGAUUUCAGAAACCAUGUCAUCCAGUGGUUUGAAGUUCUUGAUGGGUUGCUUGGAAAACAUUGGAGAAACAUGGGUUUGGCAUUUAAUUGCACAUUCCUUCUGUUUGGAUCUGUCAUUCAAUUAAUAGCUUGUGCAAGUAAUAUCUAUUACAUAAAUGACAACCUAGACAAGAGAACUUGGACAUAUAUCUUUGGAGCUUGUUGUGCCACCACUGUCUUUGUUCCUUCCUUCAGAAACUAUAGAAUUUGGUCUUUUCUGGGUCUGUUGAUGACCACUUACACAGCUUGGUACCUCACCAUUGCCUCGAUCGUCCAUGGACAGGUGGAGGGAGUUAAGCACUCUGGUCCGACAAAGCUGGUUCUUUACUUCACUGGAGCUACUAACAUUCUUUACACAUUUGGUGGGCAUGCUGUUACAGUGGAAAUCAUGCAUGCAAUGUGGAAGCCACAGAAAUUCAAGGCAAUUUACUUGGUGGCCACAGUGUAUGUGCUAACACUGACACUCCCAUCAGCAGCCGCCGUGUAUUGGGCAUUUGGAGACAUGCUUCUUAAUCACUCAAAUGCCUUCUCACUUCUCCCAAGAACACCCCUCAGAGACAUGGCUGUUAUCUUAAUGCUCAUCCACCAGUUCAUCACAUUUGGAUUUGCUUGCACUCCUCUGUACUUUGUGUGGGAGAAAGCCAUUGGAAUGCACGAAUGUAAGAGCUUGUGCAAAAGGGCAGCUGCGAGAUUGCCUGUGGUCAUUCCCAUCUGGUUUUUGGCUAUAAUCUUCCCUUUCUUUGGCCCUAUCAACUCCACCGUUGGAUCUCUCCUUGUUAGCUUCACAGUCUACAUCAUCCCUGCUUUAGCUCACAUGUUCACCUUCCGAUCACCUGCUUCCCGUGAGAAUGCGGUGGAGCAACCACCUAAGUUCACCGGAAGAUGGGUCGGAGCUUAUGUGAUCAAUGCAUUCGUGGUGGUUUGGGUGUUGGUCGUUGGGUUUGGAUUUGGCGGGUGGGCUAGCGUGACAAAUUUUAUACAUCAAAUCGACUCAUUCGGGCUUUUCACUAAGUGUUACCAAUGCAUGCCACAGACAACCACUCUCCCACCGUCGUUGCACAACGUCACGGCUGCACCUCCACCGCUGCUGCAUCAGCACCACGUCCACCAUAUUGGUAGCCAUUGAUGAAAUAGCUGAGGUUAAGGGAUGAUUGGGAUGUGUUUUCUGUGCACUGUACUGCAGCCUAGAGGGGAAAUGUGGUCUUGUUCAUCCGAAAUGGUACACUAUAUUAUCCACCUGUCUCUUUUUACUU